GCGGAAAAGUAUCAAUCAACCAGCAACAGUUGACAGCAGCAAAGAUCCCCAGAUCCGCCAGAGAAAUCAUGAGCAAGUUCACCAUUUGCCUUCUCCUCGUCGUCCUGGCCAUCGUGGCCAUCCAGGCUGAUGGCGAUCGGCGUCCAUGUGUGGGUCGCUGCACCGGUCUGUCCAGCGGCAAGAGCGUGUGCAUCCGCAACAAGGUGACCAAUGUCUGCACCCGCCUGCCGGCCUGUCGUCUGCGGGAGAAGAACUGCCGCCGCCGGGACAAUGGACUGGAACCCAUCCGGGAGACGUGCAUCACCCGCUGCCGCAACAUUCCCGGCACCAGCGGCGUGGGCCAGUGCGCCACCAGGCUGCGUCCUCGUCCCCAGUCCGAUGGCAAGCGCAUCAGGGAGUGCCAGAGGAGGGCCUGCGACGACGACAAGCUGGCCAGCUGCUGGAGGGACCAGCAGGGCGCCUGCAUCCUGCAGACCCGCUGCGAGGCCCAGAGGAGGAACUGCGUCCGCAAUCCCCUCAACCAGUGGGUGAGGACCAGCAAGUGGAGCUGCCAGGGCAAUGUCGUGGGUGGUGGCAUCCGUCGCUGCCGCACCAGGCCCAUCAUCAUCAAGGACUAAGAGUUCUCGCGAGGAAGGCCCCAUACGCGGAUCCCAACUUGAAUCCUGGCACUGACCUCCAGCUUUUACAUACCAUUUUUUUUGUCCAACUUCUUCCAAUUUUUUUUCCUAUGUUAGUCCCGUACAAAUAAAAAUAAUUCAGUCACAUUUAAAUCGUAA